AUGUCGACUGACGAUUUGGGGUCGCUCCCCUAUGUUCCGCUUGAAGUCUACGAGGGAACCUCGAUGACUGGUGGAGACUCUCUCACAGAGGAUCUCAACAUCUAUUACAAUGCUGGCGACAUUGCCUGGAUGAUCACUGCCACAGCCUUGGUGCUUCUCAUGAUUCCCGGUGUUGGUUUCUUCUACUCGGGCCUUGCGCGACGGAAAUCUGCCCUCUCGCUCAUUUGGUUAUCGGUCGCAGCCACGGGCUUGAUCUCCUUUCAGUGGUUCUUCUGGGGUUAUUCCUUGACCUUCUCCCACACCGCGGGUAAAUACAUUGGAGACCUCGAAAACAUUGGUUUCCGCAAUGUCCUGGGAGCUCCCUCUGUGGGAUCCAGCAAGAUCCCCGAUCUCAUGUUCGCCGUGUACCAAGGCAUGUUCGCUGCCAUCACCGUCGCUCUCGCCAUUGGCGCGGCAGCCGAACGUGGACGAAUGCUCCCCGCUAUGGUUUUCUCGUUCAUCUGGUCGACCAUUGUCUACGACCCGAUUGCCUGCUGGACCUGGAAUGGAUCCGGAUGGAUGUUCCAGCUGGGUGGCCUCGAUUUUGCUGGAGGUACUCCUGUCCAUAUCGCCUCGGGUUCUGCUGCUCUGGCCUACUCUCUCAUGCUGGGAAAACGCCAUGGUCAUGGUACUCACGAGCUGAACUAUCGCCCACACAAUGUCACACACAUUGUCAUUGGCACUGUCUUCCUCUGGGUCGGGUGGUUCGGUUUCAACGCUGGCUCUGCUUUGGCUGCCAACCUCCGUGCUGUCAUGGCUGCUGUGGUCACCAACUUGGCAGCGAGCGUCGGCGGUAUUACCUGGUGCAUCCUCGACUACCGUUUGGAGCGCAAAUGGUCUACCGUCGGCUUCUGCAGCGGUGUUAUCUCCGGCCUGGUCGCGAUUACUCCAGCUAGUGGCUUCGUUCCCGCAUGGUCCGCCGUUAUUUUCGGUGUGGUUGGUGGAAUUGCUUGCAACUAUGCCACCAAGCUCAAGUUCCUCCUUCACAUUGACGACUCCCUCGAUAUCUUUGCAAUCCAUGGUAUUGGUGGUCUUGUCGGCGACCUCUUGACUGGACUCUUCGCAGCGGACUACAUCGCUCAUCUGGAUGGAUUCAGCGAGAUUGACGGCGGUUGGCUCAAUAAGCACUGGAUUCAACUGGCUUACCAACUCUGCGACGGCGUCACUGGAAUGGCAUAUUCCUUUGUCCUCAGCUGUGUCAUCCUGUUCCUCCUCAACUUCAUCCCAGGCCUUCAUCUUCGUGCAUCCGAACAAGAAGAGAUCAUGGGCAUGGACGAGACCGAGAUUGGCGAAUUUGCAUACGAUUAUGUCGAGUUGUCCCGAGACGUUGUCAAUGGCCUCGAGCAAGACACUCCUGCGCAGCGGGAAGUACCCAGCUCCGAUGGCGAGCACCCCGAGAAACCAGCUACCGUUCCUCAAUCACCAUGA